AUGGCGCCGUCACCGCCGCGCGUGCUGCCCGCGCUGGUAUUGCUGGCCGCCGCCGCCCUGCCUGCUCUGGGGCUGGGAGCAGCCGCCUGGGAGCUGCGGGUGCCCGGCGGGGCCCGCGCCUUCGCCCUCCGACCGGGCUGGAUCUACAGGUUGGAUACCGCGCGCACAUCUCGGGAGCUGCUGGACGUGAGCCGUGAGGGACUGGCGGCGGGUCGGCGGCGUGGGCCAAGCUCGGGGACUCGGGACUGUGCGCGCUUGACAGGGAGGCUGCUGCCGCUGCAGGUCCGAUUGGUCACCCGCGACUCCCCGACGGCCCCGAGCCUGGUACUGAGGGCGCGCGCCUACGGUGCCCGCUGUGGGGUCCGGCUGCUGCGCCGCUCAGUCCGCGGUGCGGAGGUGCGCUCUCGAGCGGUCCGCUCCGUGCCCGGGCUCGGUGAUGCGCUCUGCUUCCCGGCCCCAGGUGGCGGCGCAGCCUCGCUGUCUUCGGUGCUCGAGGCCAUCACCACUUUCCCCGCCUGCAGCUGCCCGCCGCUGGCCGGGACCCGCUGCAAGCGCGGACCCAUCUGCCUGCCGCCGGGAGGCUCAGCGGGCUUGCGCCUGGUGUGCGCCCUGGGCCGCGCGGCUGGCGCCGUCUGGGUAGAACUGGUAAUAGAGGCGACCUCCGGGACGCCCUCAGAGUCGCCCUCGGUGUCGCCAUCGUCGCCUAGCCUGCCCCAGCCCCGGGCGGGGGCGGGGGCGGGGGCGGUGCGACGGUCCAGGCGGGGCGCGGGUAGCAGCACGAGCCCGCAGUUCCCGCUGCCCAGCUACCAGGUGUCAGUGCCUGAGAACGAGCCUGCGGGCACUGCGGUCAUAGAACUGCGCGCACACGACCCAGAUGAAGGCGAAGCCGGACGCCUGAGUUACCAGAUGGAGGCGCUGUUCGAUGAGCGCUCCAAUGGCUACUUCCUCAUCGACGCAGCCACGGGCGCAGUGACCACAGCCCGCGCCCUGGACCGCGAGACCAAGGACACUCAUGUACUUAAAGUUAGUGCUGUGGACCACGGCUCCCCGCGGCGCUCAGCUGCCACCUACCUCACCGUAACUGUCAGUGACACUAACGACCACAGCCCAGUCUUUGAGCAGUCUGAGUAUCGAGAGCGAAUUCGAGAGAACCUCGAGGUGGGCUAUGAGGUGUUAACCAUCCGUGCCACCGACGGGGAUGCGCCUUCCAACGCCAAUAUGCGCUACCGUCUGCUGGAGGGCGCGGGUGGUGUCUUUGAGAUAGACGCACGAUCCGGUGUGGUGCGCACCCGGGCUGUGGUGGACCGGGAGGAGGCGGCUGAGUACCAGCUGCUGGUGGAGGCCAAUGACCAGGGUCGAAAUCCAGGCCCACUCAGUGCCUCAGCCACCGUCCACAUAGUGGUAGAAGACGAGAAUGACAACUACCCCCAGUUCAGUGAGAAGCGCUAUGUGGUUCAAGUCCCAGAAGACGUAGCUGUCAACACGGCUGUGCUUCGAGUCCAGGCCACUGACCGGGACCAGGGGCAGAAUGCAGCCAUACACUACAGCAUUGUCAGUGGCAACCUGAAGGGCCAGUUCUAUUUGCAUUCGCUUAGUGGGAGCCUGGAUGUCAUCAACCCCCUGGACUUUGAGGCCAUCCGGGAGUAUACCCUGCGAAUCAAGGCGCAGGAUGGGGGCCGGCCUCCUCUCAUUAAUUCCUCAGGGCUGGUCUCAGUGCAGGUGUUAGAUGUGAAUGACAAUGCUCCCAUCUUUGUGAGUAGCCCUUUCCAGGCUGCGGUGCUGGAGAAUGUGCCCCUGGGCCACUCGGUGCUGCACAUCCAAGCAGUGGAUGCGGAUGCAGGGGAGAAUGCCAGGCUGCAGUAUCGCCUGGUGGACACAGCGCCUAUCUUGGGGGGCAGCAGUGUUGACCCUGAGAACCCUGCCUCUGCUCCAGACUUCCCCUUCCAGAUCCAUAACAGCUCUGGUUGGAUUACUGUGUGUGCGGAGUUGGACCGUGAGGAAAUAGAACACUAUAGCUUUGGGGUAGAAGCUGUGGACCAUGGCUCACCACCCAUGAGCUCCUCAGCCAGUGUGUCCAUCACAGUGCUGGAUGUAAACGAUAAUGAUCCAAUGUUCACACAGCCUGUGUAUGAGCUGCGUUUGAAUGAGGAUGCAGCUGUGGGGAGCAGUGUGCUGACCCUCAGAGCCCGAGACCGGGAUGCCAACAGUGUGAUCACCUACCAGCUGACAGGCGGCAACACCCGGAACCGCUUUGCACUCAGCAGCCAGAGUGGUGGUGGCCUCAUCACCUUGGCCCUGCCCCUGGACUACAAGCAGGAACGGCAAUAUGUGCUGGCUGUGACUGCAUCUGAUGGCACACGUUCACACACUGCACAGGUCUUUAUCAAUGUCACUGAUGCCAAUACCCACAGGCCGGUCUUCCAGAGCUCCCACUACACGGUUAGCGUUAGUGAAGACCGGCCCGUUGGCACCUCCAUUGCCACCAUCAGUGCCACAGAUGAAGAUACAGGUGAGAAUGCCCGCAUCACCUAUGUGCUAGAGGAUCCAGUACCACAGUUCCGAAUUGACCCGGACACCGGCACCAUCUAUACCAUGACGGAGCUUGACUAUGAGGACCAGGCUGCCUACACACUGGCCAUCACAGCUCAGGACAAUGGCAUUCCUCAGAAGUCAGACACCACCUCUCUGGAGAUCCUUAUCCUCGAUGCCAACGACAAUGCGCCCAGAUUCCUGCGGGAUUUCUACCAGGGUUCUGUUUUCGAGGAUGCCCCCCCAUCUACCAGUGUCCUCCAGGUCUCUGCGACUGACAGGGACUCGGGCCCUAAUGGCCGCCUCCUAUACACUUUCCAGGGUGGGGAUGAUGGUGAUGGAGACUUCUACAUCGAGCCCACGUCUGGUGUGAUCCGUACCCAGCGCCGGCUGGACAGAGAGAAUGUGGCCGUGUACAACCUUCACGCUCUGGCUGUAGAUCGGGGGAACCCUAACCCCCUUAGCGCUUCAGUGGAAAUCCAGGUGACUGUCUUGGACAUCAACGACAACCCCCCAGUGUUUGAGAAGGAUGAGCUAGAGCUGUUUGUGGAGGAGAACAGCCCUGUGGGUUCCGUGGUGGCAAGAAUAAGGGCCAGCGACCCUGAUGAAGGUCCCAACGCCCAGAUUAUGUAUCAGAUCGUGGAGGGCAAUGUGCCUGAGGUCUUCCAGCUGGACCUACUGAGUGGCGACCUCCGUGCCCUGGUGGAGCUGGAUUUUGAGGUCCGGAGGGACUAUAUGUUGGUGGUGCAGGCCACAUCUGCUCCUCUAGUAAGCCGGGCGACCGUGCACAUCCGUCUCCUGGACCAGAAUGACAAUCCCCCCGAGCUGCCUGACUUCCAGAUCCUCUUCAACAACUAUGUCACCAACAAGUCCAAUAGCUUCCCCAGUGGUGUCAUCGGCCGCAUCCCAGCCCAUGACCCUGACCUAUCCGACAGCCUCAACUACACCUUUCUUCAGGGCAAUGAGCUGAGUCUGCUGCUGCUGGAUCCCGCCACAGGAGAGCUGCAGCUCAGCAGGGACCUGGACAACAACCGGCCUCUGGAGGCCCUCAUGGAGGUGUCUGUGUCAGAUGGCAUCCACAGCGUCACGGCUCUCUGCACUCUGCGUGUUACCAUCAUUACAGAUGACAUGUUGACCAACAGCAUCACUGUCCGCCUGGAGAACAUGUCACAGGAGAAGUUCCUGUCCCCGCUGCUCUCCCUCUUUGUGGAAGGGGUGGCCACGGUCCUGUCCACCACCAAGGAUGACAUCUUCGUCUUCAACAUCCAGAAUGACACAGAUGUCAGCUCCAACAUCCUGAAUGUGACCUUCUCGGCGCUGCUCCCCGGUGGUGCUCGUGGCCGCUUCUUCCCAUCGGAGGACCUGCAGGAGCAGAUCUACCUGAACCGGACGCUGCUGACCACCAUCUCUGCCCAGCGCGUGCUACCCUUCGAUGACAACAUCUGCCUGAGGGAGCCGUGCGAGAACUACAUGAAGUGCGUGUCCGUGCUCAGGUUCGACAGCUCGGCACCCUUUAUCAGCUCCACCACGGUGCUCUUCCGACCCAUCCAUCCUAUCACUGGCCUGCGCUGCCGCUGCCCGCCGGGCUUCACCGGGGACUACUGGGAGCAUUGCCAGGUGAACGUUCGCUCAGGCCGCUGUGCCAGCGGAGUAUGCAAAAACGGGGGCACCUGCGUGAACCUGCUCAUCGGAGGCUUCCACUGUGUGUGCCCGCCCGGCGAGUACGAGCAUCCCUACUGCGAAGUCAGCACCAGGAGCUUCCCACCCCAGUCCUUUGUCACCUUCCGAGGCUUGCGGCAACGCUUCCACUUCACCGUCUCCCUUUCGUUUGCCACCCAAGACAGGAAUGCCCUGCUGCUCUACAAUGGCCGCUUCAACGAGAAGCAUGACUUCAUCGCCCUGGAGAUUGUGGAGGAGCAGCUGCAGCUCACGUUCUCGGCAGGUGAGACCACGACAACGGUGACACCGCAGGUCCCUGGAGGUGUGAGUGACGGGCGGUGGCAUUCGGUGCUGGUGCAGUACUACAACAAGCCCAACAUCGGCCACCUGGGCCUGCCCCAUGGGCCGUCUGGAGAGAAGGUAGCUGUGGUAACCGUGGAUGAUUGUGAUGCAGCUGUGGCCGUGCACUUCGGAAGUUACGUUGGGAACUACAGCUGUGCUGCCCAGGGCACGCAGAGCGGCUCCAAGAAGUCACUGGAUCUGACUGGACCUCUGCUCCUGGGUGGUGUCCCCAACCUGCCAGAAGACUUCCCCGUGCAUAGCCGACAGUUUGUGGGAUGCAUGCGAAACCUGUCCGUCGAUGGUAGGAUUGUGGACAUGGCUGCGUUCAUUGCCAACAAUGGCACCAGGGCAGGCUGUGCUUCUCAGAGGAACUUCUGCGAUGGGACCUCAUGCCAGAACGGGGGCACCUGUGUGAACAGGUGGAACACAUACCUGUGCGAAUGUCCACUCCGCUUUGGUGGGAAGAACUGUGAACAAGUUAUGCCACACCCGCAGCGCUUCAGUGGCGAGAGCGUUGUGUCUUGGAGCGACCUAGACAUCACCAUCUCUGUGCCUUGGUACCUGGGGCUCAUGUUCCGGACUCGGAAGGAGGAUGGCGUGCUGAUGGAGGCCACAGCUGGCACAUCUUCCAGGCUCCAUCUCCAGAUUCUCAACAGCUACAUCCAGUUUGAGGUCUCCCACGGUCCCUCCGACAUGGCAUCCAUGCAGCUGUCCAAGUCCCGUAUAAGCGAUGGAGAAUGGCAUCACCUGCUAAUAGAACUGAGGAGCGCCAAGGAGGGCAAGGACAUCAAAUACCUGGCAGUCAUGACCUUGGACUAUGGGAUGGACCAGAGCACGGUGCAGAUUGGGAACCAGCUUCCUGGGUUGAAGAUGCGGACUAUUGUCAUCGGAGGCGUGUCCGAGGACAAGUUGUCUGUGCGCCGUGGUUUCCGAGGCUGUAUGCAGGGCGUGAGGAUGGGGGAGACAUCUACCAACAUUGCCACCCUGAACAUGAAUGACGCCCUCAAGGUCAGGGUCAAGGAUGGCUGUGACGUGGAGGACCCAUGUGCCUCAAGCCCCUGCCCUCCACACAGCCACUGCCGGGACACCUGGGACAGCUACUCCUGCGUCUGUGACAGAGGCUACUUUGGAAGAAAGUGUGUGGACGCAUGUCUCCUGAACCCCUGCAAGCAUGUCGCGGCCUGUGUGCGCUCCCCCAACAGUCCUCGAGGCUACUCAUGCGAAUGUGGGCCCGGCCACUAUGGGCAGUACUGCGAGAACAAAGUCGACCUUCCAUGCCCCAAAGGCUGGUGGGGGAACCCGGUGUGUGGUCCUUGUCACUGUGCUGUCAGUCAGGGCUUUGAUCCGGACUGCAACAAGACCAACGGCCAAUGCCAGUGCAAGGAGAAUUACUACAAGCCCCCAGCCCAGGAUGCCUGUCUUCCCUGUGACUGCUUCCCCCACGGCUCCCACAGCCGUGCCUGCGACAUGGACACCGGCCAGUGUGCCUGCAAGCCUGGUGUUAUCGGCCGCCAAUGCAACCGCUGCGAUAACCCCUUCGCUGAGGUCACCUCACUCGGCUGUGAAGUGAUCUACAAUGGGUGUCCCAGAGCAUUUGAGGCUGGCAUCUGGUGGCCACAGACGAAGUUUGGGCAGCCAGCAGCGGUGCCGUGCCCCAAAGGAUCAGUGGGCAACGCAAUUCGGCACUGCAGUGGAGAGAAGGGCUGGCUUCCCCCAGAGCUCUUCAACUGCACCUCAGGCUCUUUUGUGGAUCUCAAGGCCAUGAAUGAGAAGCUGAGCCGAAAUGAGACCAGGAUGGAUGGAGACAGGUCCCUGAGGCUGGCAAAGGCACUGAGGAACGCCACGCGGCACAAUGGUACGCUCUUUGGCAAUGAUGUGCGCACGGCCUACCAGCUGUUGGUCCGCGUCCUGAAGCAUGAGAGCCACCAGCAGGGCUUCGACUUGGCGGCCACUCGUGAGGCUGACUUCCAUGAGGAUGUUGUCCACACAGGCAGCGCCCUCCUGGCCCCGGCUACACAGGCAGCGUGGGAACAGAUCCAGCGGAGUGAGGGGGGCGCCGCGCAGCUGCUCAGGCACUUCGAGGCGUACUUCAGCAAUGUGGCACGGAAUGUGAAAAGGACCUAUCUGAGGCCCUUCGUCAUCAUCACCGCCAACAUGAUUCUUGCAGUUGACAUCUUCGACAAGUUUAACUUCACCGGUGCCCAGGUGCCAAGGUUUGAGGACAUUCGGGAAGAGUUUCCAAGGGAGUUGGCGUCCUCUGUGUCCUUCCCAGCUGACACCUUCAAACCACCUGAGAAAAAAGAAGGCCCCAUGGUGAGGCCGGCCGGCCGGAGGACGGCACCACAGACAGCACAACCGGAACCCAGGGCUGAGAGAGAAACCUCAUUCAGCAGACAGAGGAGACACCCCGAUGAACCCGGCCAGUUUGCUGUUGCCCUGGUCAUCAUCUACCGGACCCUGGGUCAGCUGCUGCCUGAACACUAUGACCCCGACCACCGCAGCCUCCGACUGCCUAACCGGCCCGUCAUCAACACCCCGGUAGUGAGUGCUAUGGUGUACAGUGAGGGGACCCCACUCCCCAGCUCUCUGCAGAGGCCCAUCCUGGUGGAGUUUGCCCUGUUGGAGACCGAGGAGCGGAGCAAGCCUGUCUGUGUAUUCUGGAACCACUCCCUUGACAUCGGUGGGACUGGAGGGUGGUCAGCUAAGGGCUGUGAGCUACUCUCAAGGAACCGGACCCACGUCACAUGCCAGUGUAGCCGCUCGGCCAGCUGCGCGGUGCUCAUGGACAUUUCCAGGCGUGAGCAUGGGGAGGUUCUGCCCCUGAAGAUCAUCACCUAUGCCGCCCUGUCCUUGUCCCUGGUGGCCCUCCUGGUGGCCUUCGUCCUGCUCUCCCUUGUCCGGACACUGCGCUCCAACCUGCACAGCAUUCACAAGAACCUCAUUGGGGCACUGUUCUUCUCCCAGCUCAUCUUCAUGGUCGGGAUCAACCAGACCGAGAACCCGUUCCUCUGCACGGUGGUCGCCAUCCUUCUGCAUUACGUCUCCAUGAGCACCUUUGCCUGGACCCUGGUGGAGAACUUGCAUGUCUACCGCAUGCUGACGGAAGUGCGCAACAUCGACACGGGGCCCAUGAGGUUCUACCACGUGGUGGGCUGGGGCAUCCCUGCCAUUGUCACAGGACUGGCUGUUGGCUUGGACCCUCAGGGCUACGGGAACCCUGACUUCUGCUGGCUGUCUCUUCAGGACAGCCUGAUCUGGAGCUUUGCUGGGCCUGUCGGAAUGGUUAUAAUCAUCAACACGGUCAUCUUUGUCCUGUCUGCAAAGGUUUCCUGCCAAAGAAAACGCAAUUACUAUGAGAGAAAGGGGGUUGUCUCCCUGCUGAGGACCGCCUUCCUGCUGCUGCUGCUCGUCAGCGCCACCUGGCUGCUGGGACUGCUGGCUGUGAACAGUGACACUCUGAGCUUCCACUACCUCUUCGCGGCCUUCAGCUGCUUGCAGGGCAUCUUUGUCCUCCUGUUCCACUGCGUGACCCACCGGGAGGUGCGGAAGCACCUGAGGGCAGUGCUGGCCGGGAAGAAGCUGCAUCUGGAUGACUCAGCCACCACAAGGGCCACCCUGCUAACGCGCUCCCUCAACUGCAACAACACAUACAGCGAAGGACCAGACAUGCUCCGCACGGCCCUGGGCGAGUCCACAGCCUCUCUGGACAGUACCACCAGGGAUGAAGGGGUCCAGAAGCUCAGUGUGUCUUCUGGACCAGCGCGUGGUAGCCACGGAGAACCAGAUACAUCCUUCAUCCCUAGGAACUCCAAGAAACCCCAUGGCCCUGACUCUGACUCUGACAGUGAACUGUCCCUGGAUGAACACAGUAGUUCCUACGCCUCUUCACACUCAUCAGACAGCGAGGACGAUGGGGGGGAAGCUGAAGACAAAUGGAAUCCGGCUGGGGGCCCCGUCCACAGCACCCCAAAAGCAGAUGCUCUAGCCAACCAUGUCCCAGCUGGCUGGCCCGAUGAAAGCCUGGCCGGGAGCGACAGUGAGGAGCUGGACACUGAGCCCCACCUGAAGGUGGAGACCAAGGUCAGCGUGGAGCUACACCGGCAGGCACAGGGCAAUCACUGUGGUGACCGGCCCCCUGACCUGGAAAGUGGGGUCCUGGCCAAGCCAGUGGCUCUGCUCAGCAGCCAGCCCCAGGAGCAGCGGAAAGGCAUCCUGAAAAACAAAGUCACCUACCCGCCACCACUGCCAGAGCAGCCACUGAAGUGCCGCCUUCGAGAGAAGCUGGCCGACUGUGAGCAAAGCCCCUCGUCUUCCCGCACGUCCUCCCUUGGUUCUGGUGAUGGCGUCCGUACCACUGACUGUGUUAUUACCAUCAAGACUCCCAGGAGGGAGCCGGGCCGUGAACAUCUCAACGGGGUGGCCAUGAAUGUAUGCACAGGGAGUGCUCAGGCCAAUGGCUCCGACUCAGAAGGCAGUAAUGAAACUUCAAUUUGAACCAUCAGGAAACCAUGAGGCACAGUCAACUCGACAGACUGCCAGUCAAGCCCUCGGACCUUGAAGCCUGGGACUGCUGCCUGUGGGGCAGGCCGGCCCUUGGUGUGAGGGUCCCUGCAAUGGCAGCCGGCUUUACACAGAAUGUCCAGAUGGGAAGCCCUUGGCCCUCUCAGGAACUCAGGGCCCAUUGGACUCUGUGACAAGUGCCAAAGCCACAGGCAUGUCUCAAGAGGGAGAGAUGGACUUCAGGCUGGCAUGGCUCCGUCCCCAGACUGCAGACAGAACCCAAACUGUGCUGCUGACCUGGCCACAAGAGGCCUUGACAAAAGCCAUAGAGAGCCUGAGCUGGACUUGGUGAAUUACUGUGCCAGGCCCUUUGGCAUGCCAGGGCUCAGAUACCAGACACAGGCAAGGCCCAGCUGUCCCCGGGGGCAUCUCCUUGCAAUACAAAACCAUGGUGUCUCAGUCUCAGUCUGCAAAGGUACCCUGUUGCUGUUUAAAAUUGUAAAUACAUAGUAAAUCUGUCCUGGACUUGGAGAAGAUGGGUACCUGUAUAUAUUUUACAAUGUCCUGACUUUGCUGACACUGGAGAGCCAUGAAAUGGCGUCCCAAGGAAGCUUGCACAUUUGUACUUGCAUCUGGAAUGUCAACACAGCUGGUCCCACAGUGCCCAGGUAGGGACGACAUGGGCUCUGAAGUUGAUACAGCCAUCACCAAUUCCUGCAGCUGCUUCCAGCCAGCAAGCCAGGGAGUGUGGGUGUUCUGCUGGCCUUUGGAGCACACAGCUGUGCGCGCUCAGCUCCCUGGAUCCAGGACGGGGCUGGCCUGUGAAGUGUGGCUGCCACAGCCGACUUCCCACAGGGUGAAAUCCCGAGUGCUCUGCCACCCCCACACCCUUGUGCCAGGUCCACUCCUGGCACGUCUCUGGAGCUUCCCCGUCAGCCCAGUACUGCAGGGGGAGAAUUUCUUUGUCCCUGCUCCCCAUAGGAUCUGAGUGCUCAUGUUCCUGAUUCAGAGGGACCCCUGAGGUCCUCCAAGAUGUCACAUUCCUUCCUGCCAAUGUUCUACUCUUUCAAACUCCAGGGCUCUCUGGGCAGGCAGGGGCUCCACCCCCAAAAUCUGACCAAUUACAUCAUUUUGCUUUAAGUGGCCAAUUGUGCAGAGAAACAAAGCCACAGUCCCACUUUUCAAUGGUUACCAAAUUCUUUUUGGAAACUCACACCAAGAACUGCUGUGACCAGCCCACCGUAAGCCACCAUGCGGCCAAGCCCCAGGGACUGGGGCCCAGAGUUGUUCAGCCCCGUCUACUUCAGCAUUCACCGCUGUCCGAAUCGGGUGUAGGGGAGGUGUGCAGCUGCUCUCGGAUGGGACACACUAAACAAGGCCGUCAACUACAAGGACUUUCACAGCACGCUGCGCUCCCAUGAGUGUGCGGAACUGCUAAGGAUCAACCUGUGUGAGAGGAAAGUCUACGUGACGUGGUCUGAGGCCACUCACUGCUGCGAGGGUGAAGGGUGGCCCCAGGUGGCCUCUGAGGAUGGCCAGGAUACAAAGAAUGACCUGGCACCGGGAAGCUUCAGUCUCCAGGAGUUGGAGCACUGUGAUCGCGCACGACUCCACAACCCCAUGCCACCCCAGAAGGUGGAGUUUUUAAUUUGAGCACAACUGUUACCAAAACAAAGCAAGCCGUCAGUUUUAAACUGUUUUUAUGACCUAAGACUUUACAGAUUCAACACUGGAGGUUUUUAACAGGUGUAUUUAUUACUGUUCAGCACUGGAUGACCACACAGGUGAGAC